GAUGAAAAUAAGGAGAUAAAAAACAUGAGAGAAUGCAAUUUUCUGAGUGAGAUAGAGGAAAAUCAGAGUGAGAAAGACUUCUUCCCGCACUAAAGUCAUGGAAACCUUACCCCUCUUUCAUCUGCAUCUUCCUGAUCUUGUGCUGCAAUGGAGGUAUAAACUCCACAAGAAUCCCUCCACAUUAAAACCUUUUUGCAUGGACUAAGUUGUUCCUGGUUUAAAGACUUGUCCAACAAAAGCUUUUCUAAAACGUGACAAGUCACAUUCUUCAACUGUAAACUGCAGAGAACUCCGAAUUAGGACCUGGAUUUUUUUCAGAACUUCCUCCUCUAGAUUUUACAGGAUCAAAUCUUCCACUUUUCUUGGCCCGAUGAAAGUGUUUAGGGUUUGAUAGAUAAAGCAACCCCUGCGUUAUCUCAGUUAAGGUACUUCCAUUUCAACUACACAAACAAUGGUAAUUCUCGCUUCACUUCCUUCAAACCCCUUUCUCCACGCGGCGAUUUCUCUCAGAACAAUCAAAAAGGUCGUAGUAACACCGCCCAUUUCGAAGACUCUACCACACCCAAUCAAAACCCUAAUCUUGUUCCUUAUGAUUGAACAGCGUAUAGGGUUCUUGUUUCUUCGUUUGGGGAUCCUCCUGAAGUUUGGCCCGAUGCUGGAAUUGUUGUUCGCCCGGCGGUUAUGAUGUGUCUGGUGGAGGUGGAAGUGGUGCUAGCAGAGGUGGUGAUUCCGAUUCGGCGAAUUCGAUAGAUGGGUGUUGGGGUGGGUCCAAUUUGGGAAGUAGUUUCUCUACUUCGAAGCAAAUUUGCAAGGGGCUUGAUAAAUUCGUAAUUGGACAAGAGAGAGCCAAGAAGGUGCUUACUAUGGCAUUUUAUAAUCACUUUAAGAGAAUAUUUUGUGAAAAGUCCAUGUGGUUUUUGAUGUUCUUACUAUUUGGAAUGAAAGGCCUGCAGAAGAUUCAAGUAAUGAUGGUAAAGCCAAUCUUGUUGUUGAUGAUGAAGUUCAACUUGAGAAAAUUAAUAUCCUUUUCAUGGGGCCUACGGGAUCAGUCAUGCAGAUUCCCAGCGGUAGGAAACAUCUAGAGAAUCAAUAGGAACCGUCGGAUCUUAAUCAAUCAAAUGAUUUUGAUUGAUUUUGGUCAAACGGUACAGAUUAUGUCGCCGUACGUGAUUGUGGCUGCAGACUCGCCGCGCAGCACUCAUUCACGAAAUCAUGUCUCAACCAACAAGCAACAGCAGCAACCAAGUCAGCAACCAGCAUUUGGUUCAUACCAUGCCAGUGUUUCUCCAAGGGACCUCGGCAUCAGUGCCAAUGGAUAUGAGUGAAAGCUCCAUGGACACAAAAGACAACGUGCAAAAUAGAGAAUUGAUAAAUGCAGAAAAUAGCAUCACGCACUCCAAGAAACUAGAAGACGAACUGCUUAUGUUUGGGAAGAAAAUUAAGCAGCAUGAGAAAAGAGUGAAUCUUUUGAACAGGGAAAAAGUCAAAUUAGACGGCUCCAUUAUUCACUUGCAAGUUGCUAUUGGGAAAUCAAAGUCUUCAAGCGCAACAAAGAUUGAUAAUGCAGAGGAUACCCUCAGUACAACCGAGGAGGAGGUACUUGAACAGAUAUUGCAGCACGAAAGAUCUGCUGCUGGUGUUUUGUGCCAUAUAAAGACUCGUUAUGGAUCGCAUGCUUCUCUUCUUGCACCAACAAAGGAUAUUUUAGGUAUUGUUCCUAUGCUGGGAAGAGUUGAGGAUGACAAUCUCAACAGACUUUUCUCAGAGUAUCUCGGAGUGGAGACUAUGUUGGCAAUUGUUUGUAAAACUUAUGAAGGAGUUCAAGCUAUCGAAAUGUAUGACAAGGAAGGCUGCAUAAAUAAAAGUAGGGGUCUUCAUGGGCUAGGUGCAAGUAUUGGAAAGACUUUGGACGGUCGAUUUUUAGUCAUAUGUCUUGAAUCUCUAAGGCCUUAUGAGGGUAAAUACGUGGUUGAUGAUCCACACAGGAGGUUGGACAUUUUAAACCCAAGAUUGCCCAAUGGGGAGUGUCCGGCUGGAUUUCUUGGGUUUGCUGUGAAUAUGAUUAAUAUAGACACAGAGAACCUAUUUUGUGUAACUCAGAGUGGUUUUGGCCUCAGAGAAACUCUGUUUUAUAAUCUCUUUUCUUGUUUACAAGUAUAUAAGACUGGGGCUGAAAUGGUACAAGCACUUCCUUUCAUAACUGACGGAGCUCUUUCUUUAGAUGGAGGAAUGAUUAGGGGUUGUGGUGUAUUUUCCUUCGGCAAAAGGGAAGAUGUUAAUGUGAGAUUCCCCAAACCAGAAAGAUCAGCUGUGCUUGAUGAGCAAGUUAAAAUUGAGAAGGAACUGAAGGACGCCCAACGGGAGAAGGAAAAACUUUUGGAGGAUCUAAAAAGGGAAAAUACAUUAUUGGACAUAGCAAGGCUCCAUUUCACAACAAAGAAGAAUGAUUUUCUUGAUUAUUUGGCUUCUUCAUCAAAGGCAGCCCAGCGCCAGCUUCACAAUGCUGCUCGUUCCAUGCCCCGAUGAUGGGAAAGCUAUGUAUCCAUUUUGUAGACUGGCUCUGGAAGGGGAAGGUUAAGCUCUGUUGAGGCUAAGAAAAAUAAGAUUAUACUUGAGGAGGAUACUGGUACGAGGUUUACCCAAAUGCAUAUGACAACUGUUUUUUGGGUUACAUGAAUUAGUGAGUGUCAUUGGAGGCUGUGAAUGUUUGUAGUUCUGCUUGUAAUUUUAUGUGACCUUUGAAUUCUGAAUCAUUUGAAAUGGAUAUCUUCGACAAACAAGUAUUUGUUAGUUUUAAAUA